CAUAAGGUUCACUACGUCCGGAGGCACUUUUAGGGUUUCUGUGUUUGCCGGUGCUUCCGGCAAUCGGUGCAACUCCCAUCGGAUCACUGAGGGUCUGACCGAUCGGAGAAGUAGCAUGCGCGGCCUUGGUGCAUUGUGGUAGUGUUGUUGCUUUGGGUGGGAGUGAAGUUGGCGAGCGACGAUGAACGACGACAGGCAGGAUUCGCAGAGCGGGGCCGUGUUCGGUGAAGAGGGGCAGGGGCAGGGGCGACUGUACAAUCCAUACGCGGAUUUGUAUGGCGCGGCCGAUUUGAAGAGCUUGGAGAGCGUGUACCGACUGCCUUCGGCGCCGGAGUAUCUGUUCCCCGACGAGGCGGUGGUGCAGAGGCGGAAUUGGAGCGAGAACCUGACGUACCACACGGGAUGCGGUUACUUGGCGGGCGCGGUGGGCGGCGGUGCGAAGGGCGCGUUGGAGGGGUUGCGAUCGCAGGAAGGGAGCGACACGAUGAAGAUCAGGGUGAAUAGGUUUUUGAAUGCGUCGGGGCACAGGGGGCGCGCGUAUGGAAACACGGUGGGGAUCUUGGGGCUGAUGUACGCGGGGUUCGAGAGCACGGCGUCUCAUUACAGGGCGACGGACGACAUGCUGAACACGGUGAUCGCGGGGCUGGGGACGGGGGUGAUGUACAAGGCAGCAGCGGGACCGCGGACGGCGGCGAUCGCAGGAGCGCUGGGAGGCAUCGCGGCGGCGGGGCUGGUGGCGGGGAAGCAGCUGACGAAGAGAUACUUACCGAUAUGAGGAGCGGAGGUGGCGCAGGAAGGGGGAGGGGGGAUCGGGGAGAAAUUGAUAUAUUUUUGCGGGUGAUUGUGAGAUCGGGUGGGGCAACUGGGUUGCGAUGGAGUGGGAUGAGGAUGGGCGACUUCCGGAGAGCGAGCGAAGAAGAGGAGUUGGGAUGCGGGGAGGUUUAGGGUUUGCAGAACGGGGUGGAUCUCGGAAGGGAUUAUACGAGAUGAGACGUGUGGAGGAGUGUGGAGGAUGAUUCUUUGAUGAGGGAUUGGCGGGAGCAGGGGUGAUGGAGUGGGAAGCAGUGGUAGCGGUAGGAUAGGUGGAGGUAGGAUUAGGGUAGAAGAGGGGUGUGAGCAUUUGAUGGGGGAGGAGGGGUGAGCUUGCCACAGGAGAAGUCUGUGGAAUGAGGCGAUGGGAAAUUGUAACAAUGUGUUAGAUUCCAAGUCCUAUGGAAUAUGAUCUCACAAUGCUUCUUGCCUCGUGAACAAACCCUUCGAUUAUGUACUUGUUUGCACCCGUUUGACUUUGUGUUGGUGGUACAAAUCCAUGUGGACAAGCAUUUUUAAUGCUGUGUUCUUCAUGUCUGCUAGUGAUCUUCGAUUGGCGGGCAGUUGAUCUCGGAUAAUCAAGGAAUGCUACGAAGGCAUAGUGAGUUUCAAAUUUGGAAUGCCGGGAGCUUUCAAUUAUUCUAAUAUUCAGACCUUACGGCGUGGGUGUGACGGAAAAGAAGGGUUGUAAGUCUGGCCAGCGUGCCUUGGAUGGAGACUUGAUUUCGGCACUUAGUUUCUCCAUGAAAACGCUGACCAUUGGAAUUGAAUAACUUUGUACUGAAUUCACGACCAGAAUUCAUGGACGUUUCUCAAUAAUCAUCAAUACCGAAUAUUAAGAGAUGAUUUUAAA